GCUCCUCCUCCGGAACCUCAAUGUUCCUCCCGCUCCGGCGUCUCGCCGGUGAGAUCUCGGCGCCCCUCCGACGCUCCCUCCGCACGGCGGCCUCGCGCCCUCCCUGGGCCAUGGUGUGCAAGAAGCCGCAGCUGAACGCGUCGGGGCCGCCGCCGCCGGGCCGGCAGCGCGCGUCCCUCGACCUCAACGAGGCCCCGUGCGUCUCCCAGCUCUCCGUCCCCGCCGACCUCGCCUACCCCGAAGCGGCCGGAACCGUCCGCGCCGCGAGCCGCGACGGCCUCCUCCUCCUCGACUUCGCCGACACCCGCCAGUUCCCUCCGGCCGUCCGCAAGCUCUGCCACAAAAGCCUCCUGCACGAGAUGGCCGUGUCCGGCGACGGCGCCCAACUCGACGUCGCGCGCUUCGUCUGCAACCCUCUCAGCGGCCAGAUGCUCCGCCUCCCUGCCCCGGACACGGACGCCGCGAAGAUGGGCGCGCCCUUCGGCCUGCUCACGCAAUCCCCCGAAGGCUCCCACGGCCCGCCUGAUAGAUUCGUGGUCGCUCAACUCGGCCGCGGGGAAGGGGACAGCAGCAGCAGAGUCCUGCGACGGUAUCUGUCCGAUACAGGGGAGUGGGACGAGCGGGAGCUGUUGGCACCGUCCACGGCGCCGCUGGCAUGGCGUGCGAUGCAGAUAGACACCGACCAUGAGGUGCUGGCCUUGGGCGACCGGCUGUGGUGGGUCGACUUGAGCUUGGGCGUCUGCUCCGUCGACCCGUUCAGCGACCGGCCGGAGCUCCGCUUCGUCGAGCUGCCGGACUGCAGAGCGCUGCCUGCUGCUGAAACAGGUGGCCUGGCACUGGCAGAGAACCCGAUGCUGAGCAGGUACCGGCGCCUGGGAGUGAGCGAGGGGAAGCUGCGGUACGUCCAGCUCUGUAACAUCCACCAGCCGUUCCAAAUCGUCUCCUUUUCGCUCGAUGCCGAGACCUGCAGCUGGACGCUGGAUCACGCGAUUAAAAUUGCAGAAACCUCGCCUGAUCAUAUAUUCAACGCACCGUGGAUUGCUGCCAUAGAUCCAUUCAAAGCCAACGUUCUGUACCUCCAACAUGGUGGAGCUGCUGUUGCCCUGGACAUGGGUAAGGGGGAGGAGAUUUGGAGGAGUCCUCUUCCUGACACAAUCGCCCGUCAAAUGAAUCGCCGCUCUCGUCUAUUUCUUCCGUGCGUGCUCCCACCAUGGCUUGCAUCAAGCUAUAUCCCAGGAACCCUUGCGAGCAACAAGGCCAAUAGCAAAAGGAAGACUUUGGCAGAGAUGCUGGUUCGGGUAGGCCAGAAAAACUGAAGCAUGCCGGCUAAUUUAUCUUUGGUCAUAUUUCCAAGCAGUGGCGGAGCUACGUGUAGAGUGUUUGGUCAGGC